GUUGGAGGGACACGAAAAGUCCCCGAGCGCGAAUUUCAUCAAACACUCUACCUCGAGCGCGUUAAGAGGUGCUCCCGGAUUGAUGACCUCUGCCACUACGCUGGCAUGACCAUUGAGAUAUAAUAAUGGAAGUCUCAGCAAGCCAGCAGCGCAGGCGACUUCGGUCUGCCUGCGAUGUCUGUCAUGCGUCCAAAGUUCGAUGCUCAGGAGGCCAGCCGUGCAAAAAGUGCUGCAACUCCAAUCUUCCAUGUACAUAUAGUUACAUGGCAAAAUUGGGGAAGCCAAAAGGCAGCCGGAAUAAAAGAACGCUCGAAAGGCUAGGCCUCGCAAUCGCCGGCGGCGCAAAUUCCACCAUCAAUGCGUGUAUUCAAGCCUCAGCAAACAACGCAUUUCAAGGCGACUGGCCAAUAAUGCUAAACACUCACCAAGACGAACAGGAGAAAGACAUGCCAGCAACAACAACAAUAUCGCCACCGUCUGACGCCAAUGCUUCUAUACCCACAACCUUAUCCAUCACAGCACCUUCAUGCACCGCAUGCACACCCGUCAUAAAUGAUCCCACUCCCGAUCUAAGCAUGGAGCUGAGCAGUAUAUUGGAUUUUGAAAUGCCACUAUUCUUCUCUUCGCAAUCUCCGACUGGUAAAGAUCCUCAAUUCGUGCCAGAUUUCCUUGAUAUCUUAUUUACUAGCAAUCCUAACACCGAUAUCCCGUCCAAUGGCCCAGACGGCGACUCAGGUGUAGGGCGUCGAUCGCGGAUUGGCAGCUAUGAAGUGGCAGCAAAUGGGUCUCCGCCGUCGUUGAUGCAGCCCAGUAACUCGAACUCGAACUCGAAUUCUCCUAAUUCUCCUCAUGAGGUUCAUAAAAGGCCUAAGCAAUUUCCACCUAUAAGAGGCGAGCAGAGACAGACGGUAUCGUCACUGUCUAAUUGCAUUUGCCUGAAGAUGCUCACCGGAAUGCAAUGCUCUCUCAGUGGCAUUGAGCGCAAGCAAGGGAAUCGGCGUCUCGACAUUAUAUUGUCUAUGGCCACAAUGAUUCUUGACUGCUCAAGCCGUGCUCUUGCGUGCGACCCCUGCUGGUUAGACAGCCAGGUUCUUUUCCUGAUCAUGGUCUUGUUGCAGACUGUUUUUAACUGGGCCAUCAUCAAUUGCAACAAUGCGAGAAGUCGGGACGCUCAUAAGCCGCCUUCUAUCAACUUUGGCACAUGGAAUGUGUCCGAGGAAGAAGGCACUGCGGUGAAACUGUUGCUAGUAAAUCGCAUUAUGGCAAAGAGCAAGUCUACUGUGAACAUAGUCCGUCAGCGUAUUGACAGCAUCUCAUCGACGGAGACCGAGAGUCGUUAUCAGCCUAUAGAUUCCCAAAUCUUGUAUGUAACCUUGAAGCGAGUGGCAGAUGCCCUAGCUGAGGUCCGAAGGCAUGGAAAGGAAAUGGGUACAUGUUAUGACGGGGAGUCUACAAUCUGAUUUCACCGUUCUUAUUAUAAAUGUUACAUGUUGCUAUGUCUAGGUACCUUGAUCCACGGGGUAGCCUACUCAUGUUAUAGAGGUGGUAACAUUUGACAGAUAGCGAACCAUAUUUUCUCUGAUUAAUAGAUAGAAUCUCUGUUUGGAGAGUCAAAAAUUGUCCGUUGCGCC